AUGGAUCUCCUUCACAGCAAUGGAGUGCUUAUCAUUCAGCAUUUACAAAGGGACUACAGGGCUUACCAGGAUUUCCUUAAUUUUAUGUCACAUGUUGGUGAUCCUCGGAAUAUAUUUUCAAUUUAUUUUCCUCUUUGGUUUCAGCUCAACCAAGUGGUUGGUACUAAAAUGAUAUGGGUGGCUGUCAUUGGUGACUGGUUCAACCUCAUAUUUAAAUGGAUUUUAUUUGGCCAUCGCCCUUACUGGUGGGUCCAAGAAACAAUGAUUUAUCCUAAUCAGUCAAGCCCAUGCCUUGAACAGUUUCCUAUAACAUGUGAAACUGGACCAGGAAGUCCAUCUGGACAUGCCAUGGGAUCAUCCUGUGUUUGGUACGUAAUGGUCACAGCAGCACUUAGCUACACAGUUAGAUGGAAAGAUAAAUCAGCUGUUACCCUUCACAGACUAACGUGGUCAUUCCUCUGGAGUAUUUUUUGGAUUAUCCAGAUCAGUGUGUGCAUCUCAAGAGUAUUCAUAGCAACACAUUUCCCUCAUCAAGUUGUUCUUGGAGUAUUUGCUGGCAUUCUUGUGGCAGAAGCAUUUGAGCAUACCCCUGCUAUUCAGACAGCAAGCUUGAGAAUGUACAUCAAGACAAACUUGUUUCUUUUCAUCUUUGCCCUUGGCUUUUAUCUAUCCCUCAAGCUUAUUGAUAUUGACUUGCUAUGGUCCGUUCCGAAGGCCAAGAAGUGGUGUGCCAACCCAGACUGGAUAAACAUUGACACAACUCCAUUUGCUGGACUGGUGAGGAAUUUAGGUGCGCUCUUUGGUUUAGGUCUUGGAAUUAAUUCUGAAAUGUUCAUCACGAGCUGCAAAGGUAAAAAUAGCUGCAAGAUAAGUUUCCGCAUAUUGUGUAUAGCUGCUUCUUUAGCUACCCUGCAGCUGUAUAAUUUUGUUAAGAUUCCUACUCAUACUGAGUAUUUGUUCUACAUUCUCUCUUUUUGUAAGAGCGCGGCUAUGCCUCUGACUGUCGUUGCCUUGGUUCCAUACUGUGUCCACUCGUUAAUGAGGACAACUGAAAAGAAACUUAAUUAGGUGAAGUUUCAAAGUGGUUAGCAAGGUGGGGAUGGAUGUGAACUGUUUGAGAACCCUCUGCAAAGGCAGUUUUGCUAAUUCAUUUAAACUAAGGGGAUGCCACUGCAUCUUUGAUGUACUCCUGGUAAGUAACCAGUACAUCCAAAAUCCAUACACUCAAGCAGCUGAGAAAUAUUAGUUGCUGAUUUUAUUCCUAGAAAUAUUGCAAGCGCACUGCAGUAUGGUUAGAAAUGGCCCAAUACUCUGGGUCAUAAUGAAGUUUUAAAGUAUAACCAAC